AGCAUGUCCAUAAUUACUGUGUAGUCCGGCCGCUGCGCCUGCAGUGUCAGGGUGACGGUAGCCUCCUGAGGCGCGCGCACAGCCGGCACAGCGACAGAUUGAGGGGGUGGCGUGGAGGCGGAGGCUGGCUGUGGUACGGAGAUGCCUGCAGCUGCUUCCGAGGCAGGAGCGGUAGGAAGAGACUCGGGCGUGGUCUGCGGAGGAACAGACGCGGCGGCGAUGGUUGACUCGGGCACAGCCACGGGGAUACUAGUAGCGGGAACUGACGGUUGCGCGGCGGGGACCGAGGACUGCGCAGAGGCUGCGGGAGUUGGUGUUGCUGGGGUUGAUGGGGACGUGGGCUCAGGCUCGGACUCGCGGCUGAGGACGGCGGACGGUUCCGCCGUAGGCAUGGACAGGGACGAUACAGGCUCGGAAGCGACGGGGAUCGGUGAGGUGAGGGAGGAGGGGUUAGUGCUGCCUUCGGAGAUGGACGGCUCAGCAGCUGAAGAAGACACGUUUUCCGUGACUGCGGUGGAGGUCACCGCAACGCUGCUGGUACUGCCUGCUGACGACGGUUCGACGCCCUCCGCGGAUCCCGCAGCGGCAGUGGAACUGGGAGAAAUCUCGCUGACAGGGGUAGGCAAAGAAGAGGCAGGAGUGGAGGUGUUCGUGCUUGCAACAGCAGCAGAGGAAUCGACUGCUGAAGAGGAAACAGCUGCAGGCUCGGAGGAGGCCGUAGAAUUGUCAGGCGAUGAUGGGAGGGAAGACUGUGAUGACGGUACUGCAGCUGCAGCUUCCGAUGUCACGGACGCAUUCGAAGCUGGCUCGCUAGCAGAGGGGAGAGAAGCCGACGACGUCGCCGACGUGGCACUAGCAGCAGAUGACGUGGCAUUAGCAGCAGCUGGCGUGGACUCUUCUGGCUGGGGCGUGGAGGAUGCCGAAGACGGGGUCGCAGGCGAAGCGGGAAGGGAGGCAGUAGGUGCAACCGAUGAGUCUGACGUGGCAUUAGCGGAGGGUUCGACCGCCGAAGAGGCAGAGGACGGCGGCGAGGACGCUUCAGAAGUAGAAGGCGCUGCCGCCGGUGGUUUGGAAGGAGUGGCAGAUGUGUCAGGGCUUGUUGAGGUAUUAGAUGGAGAUGCUUCUGCUGGUUUGGAAGCUACGGCAGGCUUGUCGGCAGUUGAGUUGGAAGUAGUGGCAGCAGCCGGCGUAGAAGGCUUAGCCUGCGCGGUGGAGUUAUUACUUCUCGGAGCGGUGGACGUGCGAUUACCGGCGACGGGGGACGGCCUCGACGAUGGGGGGCGCGGCGAGCCCGAGGUGGAAGCAUUCGCCGGCGGGGGCGAUGGAGCCGACGAAGGGGGCGAGCGGGGUUCGGCCUCCGACGACGGCGAAGUCGCAGAUACUUCCGACGAGCUCUCGUUCGUCGGCUUCUCCGGCGACGCGGACGAUGCCGAAGCCGACCUCCUUGCUCUCAUUCCGGAGACGGGGGUUUCGUCGCUAGAAGGAGAGGAGGAUGACGAAGGCGAUGGCGAUGACUCUGUAGUGGAGGAGGAUCCGUCACUGGAAGGAGAAGGGGAGGAGGAAGACGAGGAGUGCGAGGUGGAAUUAUGCAACUGCGCCGGCGAAGACGGCGUUUUGUCGGAAGAGGAAGAGGAUUUGGCGGCGGCUUCUUCUAGCCGUCGAGCUGCGUCGGACGGGAGCAACAAUCUGCCAAUCCCAUGCACGACCCCGUCCGCCUCAACGAUUCCGUCUGGUCUCGUUACUGCCACAGACUCCACGAACGCUUUCGCGCCGUUAGCCACCGUUAACAGGAUGCUAUCCCCCUGGAAAGACUCGAAUGUGGACCCGUUGACGAAGUCCUUAGCCAGGAUUCGAGCUCCUGGCACGGCGUGGUACAACAGGAUGGACCGGAGCAAGUCAAUGUUGCCCGGGUCAACAAUGUAGGACCGCACGGAAGGCGGCAUGGAGGCUGAUAAAGCAGCAUUCGUCGGGGCAAACAUUGACAGAGGUUUAACGUUCUCGCUGUCUAGAACGGAGAGAACAUCCGCCUCCUCCAACAAUGCAACGAAUUCGGUGAAGUCCGCAGAUUCGCUGAGCGAUCGUACAACCGUGGGCGUUCGUGCCCGCCUUCCGUCAUCAAGCACAGACCGACUCGAGACGAGGCAAGGGUAAAAACAAACAGAAAGAAUAGCAAUCAAACACAAAUGCCGAGCACGUAACGGACAAAUAGAGAAAGAAUAAGAUGAAGAAAUGGGAACGAAUAGACGAGCAAACGACCCUGUUAAGCGAUCGACCGCCAUUUUCUACCAGCUGCAAGUUUUACACCAAAGCUUAUCCGUUGUUGUACCACCCACACCGACUAAAGCAAAGCUAGCGAAGUUGGAGACUGACUGACUACCACUUUCGAGGGCACAGUCCUCCUUGCCCUCGUUCCUUCUCGGUCUGGCAGUCCACUGAAUCUCGACGAAUGACGAAGUGCCUAAAGAGAGAGAUUGGGGACACAGAGAGAGAGAGAGAGAAAGAAAAAUAGAGAGGGAGAGAAAGAGGGAUACGAAAUUGAAGAAGAAGAAGAAGAACCACUCCGUCCUCGUUUCGAGCACUUCACACCGCUCUGCACAGUGAAAACGAACAGUAACAGUACCUGCCACUAUAUGCCGAUGAUGAACGAGCCUCAGAAUGCCAACCAAACAGCGAGGUCGCAGAAAAAAGAGAAAUCACAUUACCACUGAUGAUGAUCACGACAGCCUUGGAGGACCAACAGGAAGGAGGCAGCGUUCGUGAAUAAACAGUGAGCGUCUUGGGAGAGGAGAGUUGUCCACCCCCGACGACAAGGUGCUAGCCGCUACGCGCCUCCGCCAUUGUCAUAGUCGUUGUCGGCCACCUCCCUCCUCCCUCCUCCCUCCUCCCUCCUGCCACUGCCGCUUCUAAUCCUUUCUUCCGCGAUGAAUGAAUGCAGCUGAGGUAG